AACUAAAGUUGAUUGUUACUGACUGUGGCCUCCUCUCUCUGUGCUACAGAUGACCUUCCAUACUGUCCUAAAGGAAUCACUUCCAAAGUGUUCCGUUUCAACAUCUCAGUGAUGGAGAGGAAUUCCACCAACCUGUUCCGAGCCGAGUUCCGAGCUCUGAGGGUUCCAAACUCUGCUGCCAAUAGGAAUGAACAGAGGGUGGAGCUCUACCAGAUCCUGAGGCCAGACGAGCACAUAGCUAAACAACGCUACAUUGGAGCCAAGAACGUGCUGACCAAGGGAACGGCCGAAUGGGUCUCCUUCGAUGUGACAGAGACGGUACAGGAGUGGCUGAUGUACAGAGAGACCAACCUGGGUCUGGAGAUCAGCGUACACUGCCCGUGUCACACCUUCAACCCCAACGGUGACAUCAUCGACAAUGUGAACGAGGUGCUGGAGGUCAAGUUCAAAGGGGUAGAAGGGGAGUAUGAGGAGCAGGGCCGUUGGGAUCUGGGCAGGUUGAAGAAACAGAAGGAGCGGUCCCUGCCUCAUCUCAUCCUCAUGAUGAUCCCUCCUCACCGUCUGGACCCACAGCCACGUAGACGCAAGCGGGCCCUGGACACCAACUACUGCUUUUCCACUGUUGAGGAGAACUGCUGUGUCCGUCGUCUCUACAUCGACUUCCGUCGGGACCUGGACUGGAAGUGGAUCCACGAGCCUAAAGGAUACUUCGCUAACUACUGCUCUGGACCCUGCCCUUACCUGAGGAGCUCCGACACCACACACACACAGCUGCUGAGCCUGUAUAACACUCUGAACCCAGAGGCUUCGGCCUCUCCCUGCUGCGUUCCCCAGGACCUGGAGCCUCUUACUAUUCUCUACUACUCUGGACGUACCCCGAAAGUAGAGCAGCUGUCCAACAUGAUCGUCAAGUCCUGCAAAUGCAGCUGAAGAGGUUCGGGAGUAGGCCCGAAGCCAGGGAGUUGGGUGGUGGGGUUGUCCCACGGAAGGUGACCUGUAUUGGGGCACUAGAGCCAGCCAGCCUGCCUAGCUGUAGAAGAAUACCACCAUCCAUGUUAUUUUGUAUUCGGACUAUGUUGCCUGCCACGUGGCUUAGCUCUUAACACCACUUGAACUGAAGGACCCUAUCCUCAUGUGAGGAGGACAUAGUAUGUUAGACUUUGCGAUUCUAACUUAUAAUCUUCA